AUGGCCCAACAUACAUCCACAGAUAUCGAAGAUUUAUUGUCCAGUAUAUGUACUCAUAAACAUGGCAGUUUUGAACUCCAUGGUUUGCUGAUACCUAGAGCAGGUAAAGUCUUUAGUCUGCUCGGACGCAAUGGCAUUAGAAAGUCUACUGCUCUCAGUGUUCUUGUCGGAACACUUAAACCUAAUUUGGGUCGUCCUAACCCACCUAACUGGCAAGAGAUCCCAGAGGAAUUUCGAAAACCCGGACUUAAAAAAUAUUUUACUCAUCUCCACAAUGCUGAUUUAAAGGCCAUUUUAAAGCCUCAAUAUGUUGAUCGCCACCUUAAAUCCGUUAUAGAUCGUGAAGUUGGUGUACUUUCAGGUGGGGAGCUCCAAAGGCUUGCCAUUGCAAUGGCUGCCAACAGGAAUGCUGAAAUAUACUUGUUUGAUGAACCAUCAAGUUACCUUGAUGUAAAACAGAGGCUGAAGGUUGCCAAAAGUAAGGGACCACAAUCGAGGUGGCUGCAGGCUGUUGCUAGCCGUUACCUUUUCUUUAGGGUAUUUUGGAACGCUGAGGGAAGGGAGGAGGUAUGGAUUGUUUUUGAGUGUUGA